GGAGAUGUUGAAUAACGCUUUAACGUGUGAUCUAAUGGCAAAUCUGGACUAAGGUUUUACAUUUUCUUCUUUUUCAAAGAUCUUGCAUUGAUAUGCACAUGACAUUAAUUAAUAAUCCCAUGUAUAAGACAGCUUUUAUUUCAAGACUGGAUAAAUGCCAGUUCGAACUUAAGAUAACAAUGACAAAGUCAUGAAAAAUCCACUUGCUGAUUUCAACUGAUUAUUCAUUAUAUUAAAUCAACAGUUUAAACAAUUGGCUCGUUAUUUCAAGGACUUGUAAAUGUGAAAUACAACUAAACAUAUAUUUGUGUUUGUGUAUAAAAUGGACAGUAAAAAAAGAGCUAAGAUAUCAGAUCAUUAGAUUACACUGCAGCCGAGAUAAUAAGUCACCUUCCAGUAGGGGACUGCAUGUUCUGCAUGCACUUGUUGCAGUUGACAGAUGUCUUCAAAGAAUGGGCUCCAGGAUAAAACCGUACUUUAUUCUGACAGCGGAGAAAGUUACGGAUCCUAAAGAAAUAAAAGAUUUUAUCGAACAAAAUGACUGUGACAUCAAAGAAAAUAUUCCGACAACUCCACCUCCUUCUGGUGUAUCAGGAAAAUCGGGACUUGAUAUCGAGUUGAAUACAAGACAUAGAAUUUCAAAGAAAGAGAAGGGUUUUGUAAAGUACAAAAUACCAAUGAAAGAAGUUCGAAAGAAAGGAAAUCUUAAUAAAAAAAUGGAACUAAUAAAGGAAAAGCUUGAGAAGUCAAGAGAACGAUUUAAAGAACAGAAACGCAGCAAUGAAGAACUAAAUUUAACCUGUGAACCGACUCGUUCACAGAAAGACGUUGAUACGCCAGCUACUGCGUUUAAAUUCGAGCGAUCUGUGUCAGAUGUAACACCUGUUAAAUCAACCGAGGAAAAUUCGCCUUACACAUAUUUUGUUGUAUCAGACGAUAACAGUGCAGACAUUACUCCUGGAAAGGUUGUAAGUAAAAGUGCCGACAAAAGAAGAAGACUUAGAAUUGUAGAAGAAAAUCGAUUGAAAAGAGAUAGAAAGGAAGGACAAAAACCUUUUGUCAAAAGAAAUGGUCUUGCCAGAGAAUUAGGUCUGAAGUCAAGCAUCAUCCCAAAAUCCGAUUCACGCAGUGCAAACAAACCUUCCGUAAGUCAGAUUGUUUUCGAAGGUCCGGAACAUCAAACAUCAUCUCAGCAUACAACAAAUUCUAAAAUUUUGCGGACAUCCUUCAGUCCUCCUAGAAUUCCACCAGGUACACCGGCAACAGUACUCACUGCUCAAUCGGGAGAAAAUAAAACCGAGCAGCCGGCCAUAGAUGUAGAUGAAAGUGUUCCCCGAAAACCAUUUUUAUCAGGGCCGCUAUACACAGGGAAAAACCGUGGAACUCACGCGUUUUCACUUCAGCAUUUUGAACUACCAAUCAUAACACCGGAACAGAAGCGACGUGCAUUAGGACUUGGAACUAAGUUUGAAGAGUUUGCAUACCCCAAACCACAGUCGGAACAAAGGCAGCGAAGAGUCUCCUUUGCUAAUCCCUUGCCGGUUGUAAAAGGAACUGGCUUGAUUGUUAGUUAUAAUGAAAUGAAAGAAUAUAUUGGAUUUAAAAUAGCACCCCUUGGACCAAGAGCAGUGACAAUGGGAAGUAUUACACUGCCGUCUGAAAGACUCGAUAAAAAGUCUAUGUGCCAGAAAUAUAUGACAGAAGACAACAUGUCGUCCUCCAAAAGACUCAAGAAAGUUGGAGUUCCGCUGUCUUUACCAAAAAUCGAUAUAGUGUCAAAUGUCUAUGAUGAUAUGAUAAUAAAAAUGAUCAAAGAAUAUCUACAAGAUACUAAUACGCCCUCUCGUCAGUCUCAGUUAGCGAAAGAGUUACUUGUACACUUGCAGAAACAUAAUGAACAUAUGAAAGAACUCAACGUACCUCAUUUAAACAGAAAGCAAAAACCAAAGCUCUCUCAAGAGGAACUUGCAAAAUGUCAGAGUAGAGCUCAGCAGCUAUUAAACGACAUCAAUUUGUUUGUUCCUCCAAACACUGCUGAAGAUAUGGAACCAAAAGUAAUGACUCCUACAAUGAAAGCUGGAGACUUGGUAGAGUCAGGUCCGCCAGAACAGCUUGUGUUCGAUGAAACUGGAGAUAAGCGACAUGUAAGAAGUGCUGACAACCCGAGAAGUAUCCCUUUUGUGCAAAUUACAUUCAAACCAAAGGAUAAGGAACCAGAACCCGAGAUGAACAUUAAUUUGCCAGAAGAUGACGCUACGCUACCCGAAGACCGUAGUAAUUCAAAAAAGCAUUCAAAUGAAAGGAAAUCCAAUGACCGACCUAUUUUGAGUGCUGUGACACCAGUUUCCUUUCAGAUGGCGCCACCAGGACUCAGCAAGGAUGACAGCUUUGUUAAAGUCCCUUUGAAGGCAUAACUGUUGGCUGAUACUGGUCGGAAAAUACGCCUCUUGACUAUUUUGUUGACCGUAACGUUAUGCAUUUUUUGAAAAGUAACGGAUAUACUAUAAGGAACAGAGAUGUUUGACUUUGAACCAAUUUGUUAAAAAAAACGGAAAUAUUUCUGAACAAAUUUACUGCAUAAAUGUAGUUCGUUAAAUGUUCCAUCACCGGGUGUAAAGACCGGGAACUCCCGUCAGGCAUGCAAGAAAAAAACUGUUUUCGUGUUUUUAGCGAUUUGAGCUAGUGCUUUAAAAUGUGUCAACAGAAUUAUUUUGUUUCCAGUUCUAAAAGAUUAAACCUUUGGAUUUAAAGAGUUUCAAAAUUAUUUAAAAAUCAAUAUGCGGGAAGUUUUAUCAUGACCUUUGUCAAAACUAUAAUGUACAACUCGACUAUACGUGGCUUUAAGCAGAGAACCAGAGUUGUGAUCAUCAUAAACUAUAAGUAUAAUCGACUGCAAUUGAUUACUAUCUUUUUCACGUUAUCAGAAGUAAUCUGUAACCAUGAUAUAUAUACGGUUUAUACAUGAGACUGUAGUUUUAUCAAUAUUUGUUCCAAAAUAGCAUGUAAUGAUUAUCAUUUUCUGAUUACAUUUAAUAUAAUUACAUCUAAUAAAGUAAUUUUACCCAGAAUCCUACAAUCCUAAUUUAUAGUAUAAGCAAGUUCUUUCUUUAUAGAAGUAGGCCUAAUAUUAACUUUGAAAUUCAUGUAUCAGAAUAUUUAAGAAAUUUUAUCAGACAGUCAAUCAGAAAAGAAUUACAUUAGUAAUUUGAAUAUUUUUUGUUCAGUAUACCAUACAAGAAUGCAGUCUUCACUAAGUUGCUAUUUGUUAUUGCGUUGUAAAAUAGCUUAUCGAAAAUUAUUAACAAAACUAGAUUUCUUUUAUAACUGAACUGUUUAUGUUAAUCAGAAACGAAAGGAUGACUUUUGUUUGCGUUUGUCAAGUUGAGCAGGGAUUAUGGCCAUGUGAGAUUUGGACCGUGUUCCGCCUUCUUCCUCUUUGGUAAAAAGUCUGUUUAGAAUUACAUGAAAAAUAUUUUCUUUUUGAAAGAUGCAGGCUCAUUAUUGAUUUUUUUGGGGAAAAAAACAACAACAAAAAACUAAUGAAUGUAUAACGAAACAUUGGAGUUUGAAAAUAAAUAUUUGUUUGUAUUCAUUCAGAAUAAAAUUGUUGUAUCCUA